CGCGCUCCUUCCCUCACGGCCACCGCCAACACGCUCUCUGUCCCCGCGCUUAAAGGGACCGCAGCAGGCGCGCGCGUGCUCGUGUGUGUGAGAGAGAGAGAGAGCGCGAGAGUGCGCGAGACAGCUCGAGAAAGAGAGAGAGUGGGGGGGGAGAAAGAGACUGCAAGUGACUGCGGCUGCGCGCGCGCAAAAAAAAAAAAAAAGAGAGAGCGACCCUGCAGGAGGAAGAGAGAGAGAGCGCGGGAGAGGAGGGGAGCUAGCAGCAGCCAGCCAGCCCGGUGAGCAUACAGGGCGGGGGGAGACACCGGGGUGGGGGCUGGAGCAUGGCCGACCGAACCGUGAGACCGGGGGAGGGGGGCAGGGAACCCGGGGGUGGGGGAGGUGAGAGGCCAGCCUGGGGGGGGCAGGGGGUAUUACUGGGGGGCAGGGGGGGGGGGUACACACCCAGGGGCAGGGGGGUGUACAGGAGCCCCCCAGAUUUUAAUAUUAGGGUAGGGUGGGGGUGGGUAAAUAAUGAAAGGGGAGAGAGUAGGAAGUGGGGUAACAAGGCCCCCCCUCACCCCCUAUUAGAGGGGCACCCCCUGAUCAGGGGCAGGAAAUGGGCACCUUGUGAGAGAGACCCCCACUAUCCAGUGAGGGGAAGGGGGCAUCCGGUAAAACAUGUGUUGGUGGAGGGGAAAUAACUGGAAAGUGGGAGUGGUAGGAGAGAGCCAGGAGAAAUAGAGGAGGGGGUUUGGUUAUAGAUAGGGGAGAGGAUGUGUGUUUUGGGGGCUGGGGGGGGUGCAGCAGUGUGGGAUAGUAAGGAGGGCACCUUGGGAGCAGAGGGGGGUGUAAUGUAUCCAGGUAUUAUGGCACCAACUCUUUAACAUUAUUGGGACUUUUUAAAUGGACGAGGAUAGUGCCAAGGUGUCUUGUAAAAGGCAGUUACAGAUGUACAGUUACCUGUGUGCCUGGCAAUCUUUAUAUAGGAAUCCGCUUACGUUGAUAAAUGUGAACAAUGCAUUGUUUUGAUAAGGCAUAUAUUUUUUUUUUACUUUCACAAUACUCAAAGUUUAUGGUUGUCUUUUGAAAAGUAUAUUAGAGCUUGUUAUAUAUUAUUAUUUUAUGAAUUCUGCAUAAACCUUGUGGAAACUUAUUGCGUAGCCAAGCAACGCAUUUAGAGGUUUUUUUUGUUUUGUUUUUUAAUGCCUGCCUUCGGGUCCAUGUGAUAAUUAUUGACAGCAGUGUGGGAUAGUAAUUGGAGGGCACCUUGGGAGCAGAGGGGGGUGUAAUGUAUCCAGGUAUUAUGGCACCAACUCUUUAACAUUAUUGGGACUUUUUAAAUGGACGAGGAUAGUGCCAAGGUGUCUUGUAAAAGGCAGUUACAGAUGUACAGUUACCUGUGUGCCUGGCAAUCUUUAUAUAGGAAUCCGCUUACGUUGAUAAAUGUGAACAAUGCAUUGUUUUGAUAAGGCAUAUAUUUUUUUUUUACUUUCACAAUACUCAAAGUUUAUGGUUGUCUUUUGAAAAGUAUAUUAGAGCUUGUUAUAUAUUAUUAUUUUAUGAAUUCUGCAUAAACCUUGUUACACCUUUUGGAAACUUAUUGCGUAGCCAAGCAACGCAUUUAGAGGUUUUUUUUGUUUUGUUUUUUAAUGCCUGCCUUCGGGUCCAUGUGAUAAUUAUUGACAUUGUGAUGUAAUUGUAUUAUAAAAUGUAUGUGCAACUAGUUCUGCAAUUAGAAUGUUCUUUGAAUUAAUUCAGUCUUUACAUUGAUAUGUUAUGAUUGUAUACGCCAUCUCUUCUGAUAGGUGAGCAUACCCUCUCUCCUCCAUGGAAGCCAACUCCUUCUCAGAUCAUUGUGAUACGGAGCCAAGUAAUAACGAGCCUUUGAGUGGAGAUCUCCCAACAGACACUAAGGUUGGGGCAACAGAGACUGCCACCGUGAGCAGACGCUCUUUAGGGGCCAGAAGAAUGGAGUGGGAGGAAAAUUCAGUUGAUGGUCAAAGUGGAGACACAGUUGCAGACAAUCAGGAGCCUGAAAAAGAGCCUCAGGAUGAUGUGAAAGAGGACAGUAAUGCAAAAAACAUCAAAAGGGACUCAAAAGCACUGGCACAAGAAAAGGAUUCACAUGAUGUAGACUCCCCAAUUAAAAACUCUCCUGAAGCUUCACACCCUAGUCCAAAAAGUGAUGAGGAAGAAGACAAAGACCUCAAAGCAGAGCCAUCUGGUGACAUAAAUAGUUCAGAGAGUCCAAAAUCAACACAUGCAGAGGAAAAUGGUGAAACUAGUCAGAAUACUCCUGAAAGUGGUGAAAAUGCCAGCAGCCUUCCUGAAGAAAAGGCUGCAGGAGAACCACCCGAGACCCAGGCUGACCCACCACAGCCCAGCCAAACUGCCCCAAGGAGAAUGAGGCUUCGACCUUCACUUAAACCUCGUACUUCUGCAUCCAUUGUCAUUGACAGCGGUUUGAUCUCAGAUGCAGGAAAAGCACCACAGGUGAAAGAGGAAUCCCCAAAGGAUGAUUCCUCUACCCAAGGCAAAGAUGCUAGAAACGAACCUAUGUCCACCACAGGUGUGUGAAAUCCCAUGACACCCCCACAUAAUUACUUAAGCUAUUUCAAAUAAGAAGUCUACACCUCAAGGCAAUGCAGAGCAGCAUCACACUAAUUACAUGCUUUUUAAUAUAAUGUUAAUUUGAGGAACCACAACUAACACUGUUUUUGUUAUUACCUUCUGUAUGUUAAUAAGAGGCAGAGUGGCAAUGGCAAUUGGUUACUUGUGAAAACAUAUCAAAACAUACUAUUCAUAAUCAAAGCAUAUCUAUUUCUAUUAUCGUACACUUGUUGCACGAUGUACUCCUGAUAGUAAAAGUUAGUAACUCCCAGAAAAAAAGGCUAUCACUUAGGGCUACUAAGCUAGGGCUUGACAAAUUUGCUUUCAAUCAAGGAGCCAGCUAAAAAAAAUUAGGAGCCAGUUUUGUUUCAACAUCAAAAAUACAAUUCUUAAAGUGACCCUAUAGUCACCAGAAACACUACAGCUUAAUUUAGUGACUCUGGUGUCUAUAAUCUGUCCCUUAAGGUUAUUCAAUGUAAGCUCUGCUUUUUCAGAGAAAAGGCAGUGUUUACCUUGCUGCCUAGUAACACCUCUAGUGGCAGUCACUCAAACGGCCACUAAAGUGCCUCCUGUCUCAGUGCUGCACAAUGUGCAGCACCUACAUCCAGCAUGGAGGCGGCGCUGAACGUUCCCCAUAGAAAUGCAUUGCUUUAAUGCUUCACUAUGAGGAGAUGUUUAUUGGUAAUUGAUAAACUUCGUUAUGGAGAUGGGCCAGCUGCGGCGAGACUGGCACUGCGUUGGGAAAACAGGUGAGUAAAAACACUAUUCCCAUGCGAUCGGAGGACAGGCGGACAGGCGCACGCACAUCCUCUCACACACUCACAAGAUAUUUGAUACACACACAAAGAAUCAUAGAUGCACACAGACAAAUACGUGCAUGACAGAUAAACACACAGAAAAAAAAAUUGAAUACAUAUUUUUAGCCACUCUCCUGUUUCCUACCUUUUGGGUGCAGCAGAGUGGCUUUCUUGGGGUCCAGUGGUACUGGGCACAGCAGCAGACAUUGGAUUUGUGGGGCUUGCUGUGACUAAUGGCAGUGGGCAAUUGCUGGUCAAGACUCCUCUCCUCCACAUGUCUCGAUAUCACGUGAAGCUGACUGCGACGGGAGGAAGUGAAGGGAUCUGCAAUUACUUCCUCCCGGCGCCAAAGCUGCGCAGGAAAACGAUUGUGCGGGCGGUCGGGUCUGUGAAAUGGGGACAGGCGGUGAGCAGAGACGAUUUUACCAGGUGUCCUGCUAGCUUGCUAGUUCUCUUGCGACCUUAGCGCCGGGAGAAAGUAAUUAUAGAUCACUUCCUCCCGGUACACCGGCGCACAGACUGCUACGCAGGGAUUGAAAUAGGAGUGAAUGGGCUGACCAAUACCAGGCGCCAGGGCAAAAUUAUUAGUCAACCUGGCGCCUGGGAUUUGUCGAGCCCUGUACUAAAUCAAAUGAAAAAUUUCCUCAAAAUUAUGUGUUAUGGUUAUACUCUGAAUUUUCGGUAGUGAGGCCAUCAAUACAGUUGGUGGUUUCUGCACAUGCUUAAAUGGACUCUCUAAAAUCAUAGCUAUUACAGCUAUUUGUAGUGUUUUUAUAGAACUAUACGUCUGUGUGCCAUUCCCUAUUUACUUUUUUAGUCACAUUGGAUUUGAUUUAGUUCGAGUUGAUUAAAGUCACUAGUCAGACUUGAUUUAAAUCAUGAUUUUUAAAUGUAAAGACUUAUUCUUACUGGAUGCUAGCUUUAUGUGCAACCAGGUGACGAUUUCAUGUUUAGAAUAUUAACUUUUGAGAUUAGUUUUAACAUUUAUAGCAGAAUUGAUCUUGUUUAAUAUCAUUUGACAUACAUAGAUGAUGAACUUAUGGCAAAGUGUGCUAUCUCUUGUUUAAUAGGUUAAUCACUCAGGUUUGUAGAACAACUUAAAUAGUUUUAUUUAACUAACACAAUAACAUAUAGCAUACAUAGUCUUGCAUUUGCCUAAACAUCAAUGUUUAACUGAAGUAGUUAAACAAAAUAUCUUUAAAAAAACAUAAACUACAAUGGUUUUGUCCUGUUACCUGGGUCCAUGCCAUGCACCAAGUCUUCUCCAAUGCUAGCUGAUCUCGAGAUUCUGCACAGUCAUUCAUUGGCUGAGAGGGUAAGCUAAGUGCUCUCAGCCAAUGCAUGACCCACUGUGCAGAGAAUGUUAAUUGGCAUUAGCCAGCCUGGACCUCUUGUUCCAGGCUGGCUAAUAACGCACUAAUGAUGAAGCUAGAGGUGAUGUUACAACGCUGACAGCAAUAAAACAUUAUUUUUUUUUUAAAAGUAGUUUCACAUGGAAAAGGUGUGGAUACAGACUCUAAGCACCAUGACCACAUCUAAUCACUGAAGUUGUAAUGGUGCCUUAUUGGAGUAACUCUUUUUAAGACAGGGUUGUCAAAAAGGGAUAUCCCCAGAUGUUGUAGAACUAAACCUCCCCUGAUUCUUUGCAUGUCUUUAGAAUGAAAAAGCGUCAUGGAAAGUGUAUUUUUAAACAUUUGGGGAUUUACUUUUUGGGCACCACUGCUUUAAAGGAAAGCUAUAGUACCAGGAAAGCAAACUCGUUUUCCUGGCACUACAGAUUUCCCCUCUGUCAAGGCCCCCUCCCGCAGCGUGUUAAGGUGUUAAUAAUGCCAACGAGGAAGACCUAAUGCGCAUGCGCAGCAAUGGCCGCGCUCGCAUUAAGAUCUCCCCAUAGGAAAGCAUUAUUCAAUGAUUUCCUGAGGGAAAGGCUGACGCUGGAGGUCCUCAUGCAGAGCGUGAGGACAUCCAGCGUCCGAUAACGGACCAAACAUCCGUUUCAAUUCUGGAAAUCCCUCUAGUGGGAUUUCUGUCCAUUGGAGUGGUCUGGGUGCCAACUCCCACUACCCUUAACCCUGCAACUGUAAUUAUUGCAGUUCUUUAUAAACUGCAAUAAUUACCUUGCAGGGUUAGCUCCUCUUCUAGUGACUGUCUACUAGACAGCCACUAGAGGGCACUUCUGUGUCUAUAUCACAGAAAACGUGUGCUAUAGCGUCGCCAGACGUCCUCACGUUGUGUGAGGACCUCCAGCUUUGCUCAAUUCCCCAUAGGAAAGCAUUGAAAAGAAUUUUCAAUGCUUUCCUAUGGAGAGCUCGCAUGCGCGGCAUUAGGUCUCCUCAGCCAGCGGGCGGGAUCAGUCUCGCCCACCGGCUGUCGUAAGGAAGGGGAGGAGUGGCGGCGACCCAAAACCACCGCCGAUUGUUUUCCUGGCACUGGAGAGUCCCUUUAAGUUCUUUUUCUGAAUUUUGUUUAUUUUAUAAGAUCGUUGCUGUGAAAACGUGCAUUUUAUCUCUGCAGAGAUAAAUUCAAUUAACUUUAAUGGAAUUAAUUUAUCAAAAUUAUUGCAAGAACAUUCAGCAUCGUGUUACAGAACUAAUCCCUAUUUCAUGUUGAAUAACAUUUGAACUAUGUGUCUUAAAGGAGCACUGUAGCGUUAGGAAUACAAACCUAUUCGUAGCACAAUAGUGUUCUAGUAACUAGUUGGAUAACCGACCCCCCAAAUGGGCAAUUAACUUUUUUGCAGUCACACAUCCUUCCCGCCACUCAUCAAUCCUGAUUAUCUAAACCUAAGGUUCCCAAAAAGUAGAACCCCAGAUGUUUAAAACUGUAACUUCCAUGAUGCUUUAUCAUUCUAAAAGCAUUUUAGAGGCAUGCAAAGCAUCAUAGGAUUUGUAGUUCUACAUCCGGGGAUCUACCUUUUGGGCACCCCUGAACUAGGCCAAUCUAGUGCUUUUCCAUAGGAAAACAGAGGUUGGCUAGUGCGCAUAAGCGGCAUAUUGCCUGGCUGCACCUAUCUGUAUCUCCUUAGAGGGAUGCAUCUCCAUGUGGAGACUCUGAACAUCAGACCACCAGUCUCUCUAUUAGGUGUCCAAGUAACUGCCAUUAGAAGUGGACCUGGGAAGCAAUGUAAAAACGAACAAACAAGAGUUACCUGCAUUGUAUCCCAAAUCGCUAUGUACAUUUAAAUAGCUGGAAUUUUUUUUUUAGUAUCAUUCCAAUGGCCAUUCAAGUGUAAGCUCAUCUGCCACGACAAAGCAAAACCUCUUAGGUGACGCCUACAUAAAUUAUUUUUUGUCGGAACAAGUUAUUUGGCCUACUACUGUAGUCCAUUGGAGAAAUGAUUUAAAAAAAAAAAAAAAUUAAUUCCAGACCCCUGAAUAGAAAAUAUUCUUUUUAGAAGAUUUAUUUUAAAUUGUAGAUCUGGACCCAUAGCCUGCCUCUUUAGCUGCAGUGAUAAUGUAGAAACUACACUUUUGCUUUAUCUAGUGUGAUACCCUCCACUUGGACAGUAAUGAGCUCAGAGCAUAGGGUAACCGUUUAAAAAAAAUGUUGUUAGAAAUGACUACUGCACAUUUGCUAUGCUUGUUAGUUUUGUUUUAUAUUAUGUGCAGAAUCAUAUGUGCAUUUCAGACAUUUAAAUAAUACAAUGAUUACGCCACAUGUUUCAAAUGAUUUGGAUCUCAGAAUUCCAUGUUAGUAUUAUGUUGGAAAUUUUUCAUCUUUCAAUGAGUUCUUUUGAUCAGUUUUUCAUUGUCCCUCGGAAUUAACUAGAUCAGCAGGUUCCAUGUUUUCAAACUUUAUAGUUCCAUCUUUUGCAACAGUUAUGGUUGAAUGAGAGCCUCACAUUGACUCAUGCAGACUGUCGUACUGGUCCUUUAAACCAGAAGGGCACCAUUGACUGGGGAAUGAUGAUCUUCAGUCCACCAAUUUGAGUAGCAUUAAGGAAGUCUGGUAAUGAUUGGUACAGUAGACCCUUUUAUAACGUAAUGUAAUGCAAAAUGGCGCUUUCUUUUUUAUUGAAAAGUUUUACAGUCUUUCCUGAUUUUUCUCUUCGGUGUUUUCCAUCAGAUUUAUAAAUAGAGAAUGAGAAAAAUUUAAUUAUGCAUUUUAACAUCUGUUUAGCAUCUUAAUCGUGUUUAAAGGGCACCGGCCCACUUAAAAUCUAUUUUUUUAAUAUGAUCCUUUUAUCAAGUUUUGAAAGGAAAUAGAUGUUUUUAAAAUGAAGUAUAUGUAAAAAGAAAAAUUCAUCCUUAGCCAUAGUAUAUGACCGGAUCCGUCAGUCACAUAUAUGCAUUUUGGGUCAGACAGAUGUAAGCAUCCAUCCAAAUAACUAUAAGAUGCUAGACUGGGAACACAGCUAUAGAUGAUGUUUCUCUAGUGAUUUGAUCAUUACCCAGGUGACAGUUUGUUGAAGCCAAGAAUUGAGACCAGUUCCUGGUCUCACAUUUAAAACUGACAGAAUCGUAAACUUGCAUGCUGUCUGAUUUUUCUAUUGGAAUUUCUUAUGUCUCACUUGCAUGGGCAUUUCAGCUCUGACUACCAUGUCAUUAAAUGCAUCUAGACCACUUCAUCUCAAUAAAGUGGUGUGGAUGCAGUGGUGCUGUGGUUUUAACCCUUUAAUGUAAAACAUAAGCAUUUUUGUAAAAUACAGGAAUAUCUAAAUGAAGGGUUAAACUCUCCUCUAGUGGCUGUCUCCCUGACUGCCACUAGAGGUGCUUUAACCUCUAUAAAAGAGUAAAACUUUGUUCUGCAAUCAAAUUAUGAUUCUUCUGUGCACUAUAGGUUCCCUAAAUAUUGCUUGCAGAAGAACACUGUAUUCACCACAAGAACUACAGCGUAAUGUAGUGGUUCUAGGGCAUUUGGUCUGUCCCUGUAGGGUCAGCAGUAAAAACACUGCCUUUUCUGAGAAAAUGCAGUUUUUCACUGCUGCCUAUGACCACCUCUAGUAAUUGUUUGGAAGGUAGCCACUAAAGGGACUUCCUAGGUUUGUCCCAGCAAAGAUUGCAAAACUGGUGUUCAGCCUCUCCACACCAAUGCAGGUCCAGUGGAAGGAUGUUUGGCCCUGGCCCGCCUAUGUGCGCCGCUUUCUCCCCCGGGAGAAAGCACCGCUAACCCUUUAAGCCUUCACACAUUGUUUAUCUGGUGCUGAUAUUCAUCAGAGGAUUCAUAAACUGGUAACUAAAAAUAAAGAAGCAAAUAUCUGAGAUAAGGGUAAGCAGAAAGAGGUUAAGUAAAAAAGAAAACAAAAUGAACAAGUGCAUGGAGAGAUGAGAGCACCUGUCUCCUCCGUAGUUCACAAUGGAGUAUCUCUCUUUAAAAUGUGUAACUGUGAAUGGUUUAGGAUGCACGUUGUUGUAUUAAUAUUUCCUGUGUUUAUUUUAUUUAUUUUUUCCCCUAUCUCUUUCAGGCAAUGACAAAGGGUCUGGACCAUCAAGGGAUGCAGUGGUAAGAUGCUGGCACACUUUAUGGCUUGUGUUUGAUUGGAUUUGCCCAAAGAAAAUGUUUUUUCUCAUGGUGUAAUUUAAUUAACUUGUUGCCCAUUUUAUAUCAGUAAGGAGAAAAAAAAUAUCAACUUGCCUCUAGAAUUCAUCACAGUUAGUGGAAUUUCCAGACCCUUUUUUGUGAGACUUAUCUGGUGAAUGUCCCUCAUCUGACUAACUGAAUGAUUGUAGGAUUAAAGUAACACUCUAAGUUUAAAAAUAAAUAAAAAAAAACAUCUCUUAGGCAGCCAAUUGAGUUGUGGUUUAAGCAAAAUGUAAACUUUUCCCUCAAACAGUGUUUUACAAUGCUAGGCAAAACAGACAAGGUUUUUGCACCAUAGCCACUUCAUUAAGAUGCAGUUGUUUUGGUGCUUAGUGUUUUCUUUUAAAGAACGCUCCAAGCACCAUAACCACUACAACUCUCUAAUAGAUAUGGUUACAGGAGUGCCCUGAUGCAUCACAAUUGUAAACAGUGACACUGUUUUCAAAAUUUUGACCUCUUACCUGGGGUCUGAUGGGAGCUGCUUCCCACCUCCCCUAACUCUAAUAGAGUUGGAAGUUCUCUGUAUGGAGCAGCUGCCACUGGUUGUUCAGUUUCCAGUGUGCUAUGCGUUCUCUCAAUGGAUGCAAAUCAUGAAAAGAUUUAACAUUAGCUUGAUAAUGACACUACCGGGGUGGAGUUACACCUCCAGGAGCAAAGUGCUUCAUAUCGGUAUCUGCAGCGUUUCUUACUACAUUUCUGUCUCAACAAUCUACUUGUCCUGACAUAUAAUAAUUACAGAUUGCGGCCACUACCUGAUGUCAUGGACAUUGACAGGGUUAUUCACUGAAGUCCACAUUUUUGUAAAUGAAAUCUGAAUGGAAAACUGAAAUUCUCCAAAUCAACAUUGUCUCCAUUAUUUUCUUUGGAUUUCAGUUGUGAACAGUUUAAUGUUUAAUGACUAAUUCUAUGUACAUCCCUAUAGUGUUUGGUGGCUGCAUGUCCAUGUCUGGUUUGUGUUGGCUGUGUAUGUGUGAGCUGGCUCUCUGUAAUGUAGAUUCCCAGCCUGCAUUAUGACAGUGCCAGAUUUUUAGGCAGCGAUAACUGUACGUUACAGACCACAUGCUCCAUGUCUCCCCCAUGUUCCCCUGUGUCAGCGCUAAUGUGUCAGCGCUAAUAGCCCAAAAUACUCUGCCUGGCGCCUGAACCUGCAUGUGCUGAGCGUUGGGUGAUAGGAAUUCACAACCCCUGGUCCUCAUAGUGCUCCAUAACAUUUUGUGUAAUUCCAUUAAAGGGACACUAUAGUCACCUGAACAACUUUAGCUUAAUGAAGCAGUUUUAACAUAGAAACAUAGAAUGUGACGGCAGAUAAGAACCAUUCGGCCCAUCUAGUCUGCCCAGUUUUGGUGUAUAGAACAUGCCCCUGCAGCCUCACUGCUCAAUCCUCUGCCAUUUAGGAGUUAAAUCCCUUUGUUUAUGAACUCUAGUCACACCUCCCUGCAUGUGACUUGCACAGCCUUCCAUAAACACUUCCUGUAAAGAGGGCCCUAUUUAGACUUUCUUUAUUGCAAGUUCGGUUUAAUUAAGAUUUUCUUAUCCCGUGCUAUGUUAAUAGCUUGCUAGACCCUGCAAGAGCCUCCUGUAUGUGAUUAAAGUUCAAUUUAGAGAUUGCGAUACAAUUAUUUAAGGUAAAUUACAUCUGUUUGAAAGUGAAACCAGUUUUUUUUUCAUGCAGGCUCUGUCAAUCGUAGCCAGGGGAGGUGUGGCUAGGGCUGCAUAAACAGAAACAAAGUGAUUUAACUCCUAAAUGACAGUGAAUUGAGUAGUGAAAUUGCUCUACACACUAAAACUGCUUCAUUUAGCUAAAGUAAUUUAGGUCACUAUAGUGUUCCUUUAAAAUUCCUUCAUAUAUAUAUUUUCCAUUCUGAACAUUUAAAAAAUAAUAAAGUACUAUAGAUUCACAAAGAUGGAUGUGUAGCUAUUCAAUAAAAUAAGGGUUUUGAUAAACCACUGGAGAUGAAGCUGCAGCUCUUGUCUGUGGCUAGAUCGAACAACCUAUUUUUGGUGGAUAUCAAAAGUCUAGGCUAAUUUAUUUCUUCAUGGUUAAAGUUGGUUAUUGCUUUUGCCUGUGUGUUUGCUUUGGCAAUAGACAUUUAUUUUAGAUGAUGAAAAAUAAUGAAGUUAAGAAUACAAUUUUUCUAUGUUCAUAACUUUGGGUGGCCUAGUAACAUUACAACACUUGUCCAGUAUUGAGGUCACAUAGUCCCACCCAUUGCUAAUAAUUCUCGUGCUCACAUUUCCCACAAGGUGCAAGGCCUGGGUAUAUUUGACAAUGUAUCCAAACCUAUUGUAUGUUUUGGUUUUUUUUUAAGGAGCAAAAGAGGAGUGAACGAGCUCGCCGUUCUGAGUCCCUGAGGGCGGAAGGCUUAGCAUCAACGGAGAGCAGUAAGUUUUUAUAGAUCAAGUCACAGAAUUGAAUUUUUGAAAUCAUGGCUGAUCCUUGUGUAGUAAUGUCUAGGUUUGUAACCUCAUGUAAUUCUCUAGGUGUUUCAUAUUGUGUUUUUAUGGGUGUAGAGCUUACACGAUAUUAUCUCAUACAGUGCAGAUUUCAGAUGAGGACUCCGACGCUAUGGUGGACGACCCAAAUGAUGAGGACUUUGUACCCUUUCGCACACGUCGCCCAACACGCAUGUCUCUUCGCAAUCCAAUACCACCACGUCCACCCAAGCCAACACUCACCAAGAUGUCCUGUGCCAAUUGCCGCACCCCUUUGCAGAAGGGGCAAACGGCAUAUCAGCGCAAGGGACUCCCCCAGCUUUUCUGCUCCUCUGCUUGUCUUACCACUUUCUCAAAGAAGCCUCUGGGCAAAAAGAUCUGUACCUUCUGUAAGAAGUAGGUUUAUUCCAGGUGGUUUAGUCCUAACUUAUUUAUUUUUUAUAUGCUUAUUCUUGUUUUGUUUAUUUUUAAAGACAAAUUACUAACUUUUUCUUAUGUUCCUUUAUCACACAUUUUGGCCUAUAUUCCACCCGUUUUAUUUUUUUAAUUUCAUUGUACACAUUUCAGGGAUAUACGCAAUUCCAAAGAUUCUGUGGUGGCUCAGACUGGUGCGGCAGGAAAUUUUCAAGAGUUCUGCUCCUCUGCUUGCCUGUCCCUCUUCGAGGCACAGCCACGAUCCAGCUCCCAGUCCUCGUCUGAUGUCCCUGAUAUAAUAAAGUGCAGCAUCUGUCAUAAGAGUGGAGAGGUGAGAAUGAUCCAUAACAUUUUGGGCUUAGUAGUCCUAUGCUACUAGCCAGGGCUUAAGUUACUUGCACUUCAAGCCUCUUAUGUAUUAUUAAGGGACAUCCUAUGCUAUUGACAAGCCCUUGAGGCGGCUCUGUAACUGUCUGGAGUCUUCGCGUAAGUUGAGGGAUCCCCCAAAGAGCCUUCUUUUCCCCACAGCCAUCACUGGUGACAAAAUGUAACUGAGCAAAAGACAAAUACUAAGACCAAGUAGUCUCUACUUUAUCUCAGCAUAUCUUUUGACUGUGUUGGAAACAGUCAGUGGGAGUAUUUUAUAAAGAUUUUAUAUUUAUAAAAUACUAAUUUUGCAUGUGGGGUUUACUCGCCAGUGCAAGGUUUGCAGGGAUGAAUUUCUACAUGCCAGGGCUAAAGAUUCACUUGCCAAUAGCUAGUUUUGAGUGGACAGUUUGAGCUCUGCUGUCUAGGAAGUGUUAUGUAAGCAUUCUUUGCAAGACAGACAGUUCUGCAUUAAUUAAAUUAAGUCUAGAAUUUUUAACAUGUUCAUGUAAUAUGUAGAAAAUACAUUAUUGCGGAUUGUCGACAUUAUACUCUGUUCAACCCACCUGAACCUUUUUAUAGUGAUUUUUGUCCUUCUUACUGAUGUAGAGUACUGGACACCUUGUUUUAAGUAAUCGACAAUUUGAAGGAAAUUAAAAUAUUUAAUAAUGGUUAUUAGAAUGGUCCGAUGACUCAUAGAACACAAAGGCCUAAAUAUGUAUAAGGCAGAGAAAUUGGUGGUCGAAACAUGAAUCAACUCACAAAUAUCUUGUGGAAUGUACAGAACAUGAUAUUUUAUAGAAAGAGAUUUAAUGAGGAACGACAGCCAGGAUAUUAUCUUUAUGUGGAGGGAGUGUAUAUGUAUAUGCAGGAGAAACAUUUUAUAGGUCAAAACAAAUACUGUUGAAGAGUUUACGUAGUUUCAGAACAGGCCUAGCUGUACCGGGAGCACACUAAUUGUCUUUGGGCAUGAUAGAUGUGCCAACUGGUUAUUACAGGUGUUAUAAUCUGUGUUUUACCAGGCAAAACAGGGCCAAAAGUGUCAGGCAACAUUUUACACACCCCAAACACACACAGACUUUGUUAAAGGGACACUCCAUACACAUAAAGCACUUCAACUUGCUAAAGUGCCUUCUGUGUAUAAAGUAUCCCAUCUUAAUUGCACUUUGUAAAAGUGCUUAUUUCAAUAUAAAAUGGGCACUUUUAUUAUUUAAAUUAAGAAACUCCUCAUCUGCUUGAGAGCACCCACCUUCUAAUUUAAGUCACUGUGAAUACGUGCGCACGCUUCCACAGAGCACUGUUUUACAUGACUGCAUUCUCGUAACUUCUCCAUCCUCUGGCUGCCUACCUUGCUAUGCACACAGGCUUCUCAGUGAGGCGCCUUUGGUCAUUUCUCAGACACAUACUGAAAGCCUGGGAGAUAUAGUAAUGAAAAUAUGCAUGCAUAUAUCUGCUAAAUAUUGAUUUUUAUUUUUAAAAAUGUAUUUAUUUUGUUAUCCUGCUAAGUGUUCUUUUUUAAAUGGGAGUCUUAAAACUGAUUUUAAAAAAAAUGCUGGUAUAUUCCAUGAGAGUUCUUCAGGUACCCAGGAAAACAACUAACACGAAGACAGAUAAACGAAUACUUGGUUUUGUCUGGUACAAAGAUCACACAAAGCUCUCAAAAAGACACACAACCAUUAACAAAAAUAGUUGUUUUUUUUUUGUUUGUUUUUUAUUAUUGCAGGAAACUUUUAUAAUCUGGGGAGUGGAAAAGAAAUUCAGAUAUUGUACAUAUUAGAUUAUAUAUGCACAUGCUUCACACAUACUUGGAUGGCUCCAUGGAGGAGCUUAAAGGGACACUGUAGGCACCCAGACCACUUCAGCCUAUUGAAGUGGUCUGGAUGCCAACUCCCAUCACCUUUAACCCUGCAAGUGUAAUUAUUACAGAUUUUAUAAACUGCAGAUUUUAUAAACUUCCGGUUUCUUAGACGACUUUUGGUUGGCUAAACAACGCUGGGCAUCCUCGCACAAUGCAUGAGGACCUCCAGCGUCGCCGGAAUCCCCGUUGAAUAAUGCUUUCCUAUGGGGAGGUCUAAUGCACACGCGCAGCCAUUGACGCGCAUGCGUAUUAUGUCUCCCAUGCCGGCGAGGAGCGUGGGCGGAACCUGACCCUGCGCCGGGGGACAUCGGGCCUGGAUUCAGGUAAGUGACUGAAGGGGUUUUAACUCCUUCAGCGACUCUGGAUUGGGGAGCGGGAAGGAGGGGGCACUCCAGGAUGCUACAGUGCCAGGAAAACGGGUUUGUUUUCCUGGCUCUAGAGAAUCCCUUUAACAUUGCUCUUUCAGUGGGUGGAGAUUUAUAGAUUGAUAUUUUAUAACGAACCCGAGAUUGGAACAGAAGUGUGAGAUUUAUUGAGCAACAAUAUGGAGUGGUGUUGCAUUUGGUUAUUUUCUCGUCACAUUUUGAUAUCGAUAUGCUAUUUCUGAUGUAUGCAUGGUUUAUAUGUAUUGAAGUGGUUCACAUCAAUACAUAUUGAGUCUGAUGUCUCUCUUCUGGUUUUGAUUAAUAGAAAGAGAGAGUUUUGGGUACACCUUAUAGGAUAUUGCGAAUAGGUGUAAUUAAAUUUUUUAUACACCUUCUGGCCCUUAUCAGUAAACAUUGAAAGGAAGAGAAGGCCAGCUGCCCAGUUUGUAUCUCAUUAUAUAAAAAUUUAGCUGUAGAGUAAGCAGACUGUAGUAGUUUAGAAUUCAAUUUGAGGUGGUAAUAUUUAAAAAAAAAUUUUUACUUUUUUUUUUUUUUUAAAGAUAGCUGAUGAAAUGUUGUAGCUAUGAUUUUGAGAAACUCUCUCUUUGAUAUAGAAUGUUAGGAGAGAAAUUGACACUUUAUCUCUGUAUGAACCCAUAAGCAGCUGUUUCCUACAACUUAAAUUUUGAAGAUUGGCUGUUACUACAUGCCUCACGUGACAUACUUUUUUUUUUUUUUUUUUUUCUAGAUUCAGCAUGAAGUGAGCAAUGGGAGUGUCAUUCACAGACUGUGCAGUGAUAUCUGCUUCACCAAAUUUCGAGCUACCAAAGGCCUGAAAACAAACUGCUGUGACAACUGUGGUAUUUACAUCUACAACAAAGGUCUACCACUGGAGUACCUGUUCCACGAGGGUCAGCAGAAGCGCUUCUGCAAUGCAGCUUGUCUUAACAACUACAAGAAGGUGAGGUGAUGGUUCUGAUACAAUGGUUUGAGGUAAGGGCAGUCUCCAACGUUUCACCCAUGUGAAACUCACGUGAGAUGAAAAUGUUUAGUGUAUGUUGGGUACGGGUAGGUCUUCUUAUUACAGCAUUUAUUUUCCUUGCAGAAAAACACAAAGGUUUAUCCAUGCAUGUACUGCAAAACACUCUGCAAAAACUUCGAAAUGCUUUCCAAUGUGGAUAAGAAUGGUCGUAUGGGCCUCUUCUGCUCAAUCUGCUGCAUCACCUCACACAAAGUCAAGCAGUCUGGACUGACAGGUGGUAACACAAGAUGAUGCUCAUUAUGUUAUGUUUACCGUUAUUGUUAUUUUUAGUGAUUUGUUAAAACCAGCAUUGCAGUAAGCCCUAUCCUAGUUGGUUUCUAAAUCUGUCUAGUAAUAUCGCUGAACAUAAAUCUCACCGUAAAUAAUUAGCGUAUGAUAACAGCUAUUUAGAGUUACAUAGUUUAAAUGUAUUGUGAUUUACUUUAUUCAUAAACAUGUAUCCUUUACACCAGCCUCUUUCUUAUUAUAGGCUUUCUUUCAUUAGCAAAAAUACUUCUAGCAUUUGUGUAACACUUGAAUUUGAAGUAGUGUAGAGAAUUAUAUCCGUUCCUUAGAAUCCUUGUAAAGUAGCCUGCACAAUGAAGUUCUGUUUCCGCUACUUGCAUUCUCAUAAGACUCAAUGAAGUACCAUGCUAUUUAAGUACUUAAUGGUUGUAAAAUCUGAGAAUAUCAUUACUGCAUUCAUAAGUGUAGAGUUAUAUCUUUUGUUUUUAGAAGUUGUGAAUGCAGAUAAUGAGUUGGUUACAUUUUAAUUAUAUUCUGUAUUUUAUUAGAUGUAACAGGUGGACUCCAGUAAAGUAACACCAAUAACAUUUCAAACUUUGAAAUACUACAAUAUGAUAUGGCUUUUUAAAAAUAGGUUAAUUUGCAUCUCUCUAUACCAGAGUAUUUGCUGUGAGUGCAUCUUCCUUUUAGCUCUGCUCAGCUGUACUUGGCUGGUAAAAGCCUGGCAGUUUAAAGGGACACUAUAGCGUUAGGAAUACAAAAUUGUAUUCCGUGUCCCUAACUUAUUAGGUCACGCACACCUGCAGACAUGAAAGGACAUAUGUCUUUUUUCACUAACGGUUUCCAGCGCAGAGGUUCCUCUGUGCUGACUUGGGCUUCUCCUCCUACGACUUCACUCUAAUCGGGGAACCUAAUGAGUGGCGAGAAUAAUAGAGCUUUAUCAUAGGAAAGCAUUGAAUUAAUGGGGAAUUUGACAACGUUAGACCUCCUCAUGCAAAGCGUGUAGACAUCCAAUGUCCUUUCACAGAGUUAAACUCAAUUUGAGAGAAGCAAUCUCCUCUAGUGAUUGUCUGGAAGACAGAACUAUUUGAGGUUAUAUUAACCCUGCAAUGUAAACAACAGAAGCGGUCUGGGUGCCCAUAGUGUCCUUUUUACAUGGGACUGGUGCCUCUUGACUGUGAUUGUGGGCCUUUUGUACUUUCUUUUUUCAUGUUGAAAAGUUUAGCGAUAUAUUUUUAAAAUGUUUGAAGAAAGUGUGAUUAUGGAUUCUUGUGUCCUUGUAUACUUGUAGUACCAGCCUUGUGUCUGUUUGCGCGGAGUACCAGCCUUGUGUGUGUUUGCGCGUAGUACUAGCCUUGUGUCCGUGUGUUUGCGCGUAGUACCAGCCUUGUGUCCGUGUGUUUGCGCGUAGUACCAGCCUUGUGUCCGUGUGUUUGCGCGUAGUACCAGCCUUGUGUCCGUGUGUUUGCGCGUAGUACCAGCCUUGUGUCCGUGUGUUUGCGCGUAGUACCAGCCUUGUGUCCGUGUGUUUGCGCGUAGUACCAGCCUUGUGUCCGUGUGUUUGCGCGUAGUACCAGCCUUGUGUCCGUGUGUUUGCGCGUAGUACCAGCCUUGUGUCCGUGUGUUUGCGCGUAGUACCAGCCUGGUGUCUGUGUUUGCGUCUGUGUAUGCUCAUGCUACCAGUUGUCUGUGUAUGCUCGUGCUACCAGUUGUCUGUGUAUGCUCGUGCUACCAGUUGUGUCUGUGUAUGCUUGUGCUACCAGUUGUGUCUGUGUAUGCUUGUGCUACCAGUUUUGUGUCUGUGUAUGCUUGUGCUACCAGUUGUGUCUGUGUAUGCUUGUGCUACCAGUUUUGUGUCUGUGUAUGCUCGUGCUACCAGUUUCGUAUCUGUGUAUGCUUGUGCUACCAGUUUUGUAUCUGUGUAUGCUCGUGCUACCAGUCUGGUGUCCGUGUCUGUGAAUGCUCGUGCUACCAGUUUUGUGUCCAAGUUUACUAUUUUAUGUCAAGUGCACAUUUUUUUUUCACCAGAAUUCAGACUGACUUUAAUUUUUUUUUCAUUCUAGGUCCUGCUCGUCCAUGCAGUCUAUGUAGGCGCAGCCUUUCAGAGCCUGCAUAUUACAACAAGACAGAUCGUGUACUCUACCAGUUUUGUAGUCCAAGCUGCUGGACUACGUUUCAGGUAACUUAAGUUAAUUAUCAGUAAAGCUUAUUGUAUGUAAGAAUUGGCUCGGCUAAGGUGUAGAUCUAAAACAAGUGGCAACCUGCUUGACUGUGAUUCCAUAUGACCUGCACUGCCUUCUUUAUGAGAUGCACUGUACCCUUAAGCUCACCAUGAAUCUUUUUCCAAUCCUUCUUUGUGCUCUCCCCCUCCUUUUUUUGUGUUUGUUUCUGUGUCCUUGACAAGUAAAUCAGUGCACAAUUCCAGCUCUAUAUCUCUUUAUAUAAAUACAUGUAAGUGUGUGAACUUACUCAAACGAAUAGCAAGUACAUUUAACACAUUCAACUUUUUAUGUACUUGAACAGCUAAUUAUUUUGAUUGUCGGAGAUUUUCUUUUACUUUGUGGGUGUAUUGACUAGCCAGUGAAAUGAAAACAGAAUUUGCACCAGUUGGUAAAAAUCCCCCAGCUUGAGUACUCAGUUCAACGCAGUUCACUAUUUAGUGCAAAACCCCUGCUGUUCUUUCACUCUGUCAGACUUAAUCUAAAGCUGCUGUAGUGAAGUGUGAAAUUAGGCCAAGUUGUGAACACAUUAUGCUUGUGGGGAGAGAAAAAAAUACAAAUAACACUGACAUUUUUCUUUAAAAGCUGCAUUCUUGUGCUUUUAAUCGGGCGUAAACUGCUUUGAAAGAUGGAUUUGUCUUUUGCUUGCUUCUAUUGUACUUCUUAAAGUAUAAUUUAUUUAUUUAUUUUUGCCUCUACAUUUACUUCACACAUGUUGCACGUUUUUUUUCCAUUUCUCCAGAUUUCUCUUGCUUGUGUAUUGCAGGGUGGAUUGGUAGUUAUUCCCACUUUGAUUUCAAAAUGCUUGGACAUUAUACAUGUGAUCUUUUCAUCUUUUCAUUGUGCCUUGUUCCAUGAAUAAGUGGAAUUUGUAAAUUUUAGUUAGAAGUUGAACUUUCGUUUGUGUGCUUUUACCAUUCACAUUUCAUUUCUUGAUUUGUAAAGGGCUAAUUGCGCCACCGGCCCUGUUAACGUCCACUUUAAACUGUAUGGUGAGAGCUCUUGACAGUCUGUCUCCUGGUUGUGGACACAAUACUGGGUAGUUUGACACUUUCAAGGGUGCAGAAUGCAUCUUAGAUUAAAAAUAAUGCAGAAAUGCAUGCCGUCCCUUCUUACAUAUUGAGCAUUUUUCCCCCCAGAAAUUGUUGCGCAACCUUUAGGCUUCUCGUUGAAAGCAAGGAGUCUCAACUUGCUAUGUCCCUGAGUUGCAUGGCUAAUGCUUCAUUUUUGUCAAUAUUCCAUAUUUUCCCAUUAUUCCCCAGGAACAAUCCAAGCACCAUAACCACUACAGCUCUUGCAACUUCCCACACAUAAGUUAUUAAACUGUUUCGGGAUGUUUGCCCUGGUGCCUACUGAUGCUACCACCUCUGCCCCUAUAACCUAUUGCACUAUAGUGAUUAGCAGAGGCAUUCAGCCAAUGAGCUGGCCUUGGACAGCAUGGCUUUGCUCAGUCGGGAUAACAUAUGCCCCUUGCAGGAGCUUCCAGUUCUAGAUCUCUAAAGAAGGUGCGGAGGGCACUUGUCAGACACAAGUUAAGUUGUCAAACUGUUCUCAAACCGUUUACUUACUGUAGGAGGGUACCAGGCCAAUCCUGGCACCAAAACCACUACAGAGGGGUGUAAAGAUUAUGGUGCCUGAGUUAUUUUAAGGAGUAUUUGAAAUGACCGCAUAAAUAAGCUUUACAAAAGCUGUAAGAGGAGACACAAAAUUAUUCAUCAUAUUUAUUACGUUUUGGCAUCCAUAUUGUUCAUGUGUUUGUGUAUAAUCCCCCUUUUUGUGAUUUGUGUUUAAUUGCACAAACGUUUUUAGACGUCCCAGUGCAGUUUAAAACUGGUCAGUGACCAAAACAAUUCAUUAAAUAUAUAUUGUGUUGUGAUCAUCUCAUAAGACUUUUUAAAAAAAAUUUUAGUUACUUGUUUAGUGAUUCUUUUUUUUUUUAUAUAUAUAUAUGAUUCUUUUUUUUUUUAUAUAUAUAUAUACACACAAAUGAGUAAAAUGCUUUUUUGCUGAAGUGACAGAGGUGCCAGAUGCUUUGAGAAUGUCUGUCUGAAAUCCUGACCUACCAAUUAUUAUGCAAGUCAAACUGUCUGGUGUCUUUCAUUUUAUUUUUAUUAAAUGCUGUCACCUACAAUUACUUUUUCUAUGUUGUAUUGCAUAUAAAAUAGUAUUGUGCCUAAUAAACAACAACAAGUAAACCUCAUAUAAGGUGGUAAAAGAACAGAGUGAGAAUGGACUGGAAAGAAAAUUGAAAGGGGGGGGGGAAAGGCGGCAACUGCAACCUAGGUUAGACAUUGUGUUUUGUUUUAAAAUUGUCCUUUGUAUCACAUUUUAGCGCACCAGUCCUGAGGGUGGAAUCCAAUUGAAUUGUCAUUAUUGCCACAAUAUGUUCACAGGGAAGCCAGAGAUAUUGGACUGGCAAGUAAGUCAUUAUGUGAUGGCAUGCAGUAUGGUUGCCUUUGUGCUUUUGUGGUACCUUUGUUUUGGAGUAAUGUCUGGGGGUGUCGGGGGGUGUCUGUCUGUCCUAAUUGAGUUCACUGCUGCAUGCAGAAAAACAGCUGGGCAAUUUUGUUUGCCUUGCCAUCCUUGUUAAGCUUUGCAUUUAUGGUGAUGACUGUGUGCUGUCCAUAGGACCAUGUGUAUCAGUUCUGCUGCAAGGAUUGCUGUGAGGAUUAUAAGCGGUUACAUGGGGUGGUCUCUCAGUGUGAAUACUGCAAGCAGGAGAAACUUCUCCAUGAAAAAAUACGUUUUUCCGGAGUAGAGAAAAACUUCUGCAGUGAAGGUAAUCGGACUGUUUAUAUAAAGAGUAAAAAAAAAAUGUGUGCAUUCGGAUAACGGAAAUAUAUCUAUGUGAUGAUGUUUUUGUUGGUGGUUUUUGUUGCUGUGUAAACAUGGUGUCCCCCCCUUGUUUCAUGCUGGAAGUUCUGGUUGAGAUUCCAUUCACUUUUGGCAGGCUGUGUGCUGCUAUACAAGCAGGACUUCACAAAGAACCUGGGUCUAUGCUGCAUCACCUGCACUUACUGUUCUCAGACCUGCCAACGUGCAGUCACAGAGGAGCUGGAUGGAAGCACAUGGGACUUUUGCAGUGAAGAGUGCAAGAGCAAAUACCUUUUGUGGUACUUUAAGGUACGCUUUUGCGAGAAGGCUGGGUAGAUACAUUAAAGGGCUAAAACGGGACAAAAGGUGCUGAUGUUUGUAUCUUUCAGUAUAGGAAGGGAGCUGCAGGCCUAUGGGAUAGACUUUUUUUUUUAAGUGCAUUGUUCACGUUGCAUUGAUUUGAUACUGUUUGGCAGGGUAGAAGAUUUUUUAGACACAACUAGGGGACUGUUGAACACAUUUGAGUUGGUUCUGAUAGUGCUGGUAGAAUCCCGUCCACUCAUUCUGCUCACUCUUUGCCACCUUUUUCCCCUGUGUCAUAUUUUGUCUGGAGGUAGAUCGCACUGCAUAUUUUAUGAUUACGCUAAUAUUGUUCCUCUCUCUCCAGGCAGCAAGAUGUCAUGCUUGUAAGCGUCAAGGGAAGCUGUUGGAAACCAUUCACUGGCGUGGAGAAAUCAAGCAUUUUUGCAACCAGCAAUGUUUGUUACGAUUCUACAGUCAACAAAACCAGCCCAACUUAGAUACUCAAAAGGGGCCUGAAAGCCUCCUGCAUAGUAAGAAAGGUGUGUAAAAACAAAGUAGUGGUAAAAGACCAAAGGAAAAAGAUCUGAGAAAUGAAAGGUGGGCCUUUUUUUAAUCUAACACUUGCUGUUCUCUCUAUCUAUAUCCCUUUUCUCAGGGGCCUCUUAAAUGGUUAUGUAAAGUAUUUUAUAUUUUGGGAAACAUUAUUACUUAUUGAUUUAUCCCCUUUCGGGGAUAUCUGUACUUUAAAAUAUUUGACUACUUUGUAUUUUGACUUUUAAAUAAUCCUUGCAUGCAUUUACUUAUUGAGAAAAUUAUUUCCUUUCUCAUUAAUAGGUCAAAAUGCAGGAUCCAAAACCCCAACAGCUGUCCAAAACAAAGCAGAGACUAAUACGGUAAGAGACUGCAAGUGUAUGAUUUAGUGAAAAAGCUUGGGAAGUGGUAUAAGGCAUGCUUUUUAUGGUAGAGAAAUAAUUAAGAUUCACUGUUAGGAUCCUGGUUGAUUUGUAGUCUUGGAACUUAUGGGUGAGAUAAGUGAACAGUGCGACCAGAAAUAAACUUUGACCAGUUAUUGGUAGUCGGCAGCGGUAUUAGAAGCUUCCUGUGUGUAGGUGUUUGUUAUUUGGUCUGUGUGUUGAUCAAAAAAUGUGCUUAUGAAAAAGUAGACAAACGGUUUAGGACAUGCGUAGAGCUGGUUGCAUAUGUUAUUACACUCUUUGCAGAACAGAAACUUUCCAUACUUGCACAUUAAAAGAAUUCUAAACCGCCCCAGUCAUCUUUAUUUUUUGUGUUCAUGUCCCAGAAUGCCUCACGAAGAGCGUCAGAGAGAGGUGACUCAAUGCAUGGUGGAAGCAGAAAGCCUGUUGCGGGGAAUCGGGAAAGGACAAAGCCUGCUGAAGUAGGAGAGGACAGAGAUAGUUUGGUAGGGCUCAGAUGUAAUGGUGUAGGGGGGGCUUUUACAGAGCGUGUAAUCAGCAAAUGGCUUUGGUUGCAAAAUGAGGAAAAGAAAAAAAAAAAGUCUUUGUUACAGAACUGAAGAUUUUGAAGACCCGUUUUCCACAAAGAGGGUAAGACUGUACAAGUGAGCAAACUGUGUGUAUGUAUUACAGCUUGGCUAUUUAUUUAUCACGUAGGCUUCACCAAAAAGUCGUACUGCACAUGCGGCAGCAACCCCUACAACUCCAACAAGUCCUCCUCCUUCUAACCGCAAAAAUAAAGCUGCAAUGUGCAAACCCCUAAUGCAGAAUCGUGGAACAUACUGUGGGGUGGAGAUGGUAGAUGGUGAUUGUCAGACAGGUGAGAUGAUGUGAAUGCCUGUCAUUGGUAUUAUCCUAUGUCACGCUCUACGUAACUGAUGGACAUUUUGUGUAUGUAUUUUGUUUAAUGUUAUCUCAUUGUAGAUGAAGAUUACAAGCCGCAAGUCAUAGUGCUGCCCAUUCCAGUUCCCAUAUUUGUGCCAGUACCCAUGAACUUAUACUCUCAGAAAGUGCCUGUAGCAUGCACUAUGCCAUUCCCGGUGAGUGAUGUCGUUGUCUGUUUGUAGAUUCAUAUGGCUAUCUAGCUUCACUUCCUACAAAAUUUCCACACUACUAGAGAGAGACUAAAAGGUCUGGGGGUUCCGUGGCGCACACUCUAUUGGUGAAUUUAUGCCCUCCAUGGCUGAAAUUUCACUUGCCAGUGAUGAGUUUUAUUUUUGAGUCCUGCCUUUUUAUUUUUAUAACGAUUUGUUGAUUCCACUUUUUUUUGCUUUUUGGUCACUUUCCUUUCUAUUUAAAAUAAAAAAAAAAAACAAACAAACCAAAAAAAAAAAAAUACCUAUUUGCUACCUUGCUGACUCUCUGGCUUUUUCCUUCAACAAAUAAUCUGUCUUUUGUCAUUUGUCACUGUUUCAUAAAGUUCUGUCUAUUCUGUCAAUUGUUUGAACCAUUUCUUUUGAUUAGCCAUUUUUCUACUCUGCAUACUCCUAGGUACCGGUUCCCGUGCUGCUACCGACCACCCUAGAGAACACCGAUAAAAUUGUGGAAACAAUUGAAGAGCUGAAAGUAAAAAUCCCAUCCAACCCGUUAGAAGCUGAUAUUCUGGCUAUGGCUGAAAUGAUUGCUGAAGCAGAGGAACUGGACAAGGCUUCGGACUUAUGUGGUAAGACAUGAGUUUUGCUGUGAUGCAGCUAAAUGAUAAAUAAAAAGCAUUGCUGUAACAUUUGGAGUGUGCAUACCUGAACAUAUCUGAAAGUUUUCAUUGUAUUGUUAGGCAAGUUUAUAUUUUCUAUAUCUUGUGACCCUUAAAGUUUGGUUUCUUUCUAAAUCAGACCAGCCUUUUUCAGUGUGACUUUUUAUCAUUUUUUUUUUUUUUUUUUAAAAGCAAGUACAUUGUACAUGUAAUUCCAAACAGAGGAGUCAAGUGCUAUUUUGAACGUAGUUUAAAAAAAAAAAAAAAAAAAUUAUUUCUAGCUUGGCAUUACCUGCAAGUAGUUUAGUGUGGGGGACACCUUCUCAAUCAUAGUCUUGUCUGUCAGAUGGGGAAUGUCUUUGAUUAGCAGAAGUCCAUCAAAUUGGUGGCACCCCACAAUAUAGCUAGUCACCUAUUACCAAACCAGAAGAAUUCUCUUCUAUUUCUCACCAUAGCUGGCCAAAUGGAGCAGGCCUCUGAUACUGGAAUUGGGGGAAGGACGGCCACUGUUCACAUCGGGAAUCGCAAGCAGGGUAAGUGGGUCCGUUGCUGUUCUCCAACCGAUGCAUUUUAGUCACUUGAUUUGUGUUCGUCUGCUCACCACAAGGCUUCGUACGUUGGUGAAUCUGUAUUUCUGACCAGUCAGGUAAUGCAUUGGUAAGAUGUCCUAAAGGACAUCUAGGGUUAAUUCUCUGACCAAAACCCUAUUAAACGCAAAAGGCUCUGUUUUUAUUUAUUUAUAAACUUGGAUUAAAAUUUACAUAUAUUAUUGCCUCUGUGUUGUAUCAUUGUGUGAAUCAUACAUGUAAGGGAAGCCUUUUCAGUGCUUGUCUCGGUUUUCCUUAUUCUCUGGACGCAGCCAUCUUUAAGUCCUCAUUGGAUGGAAACUCUCGCUAUCCAACCAAAGGCCACAUUUGUAAUCAAAAUGUACCGCUAGAGUCCCAGAUACAAUGCAGAAGCACUGGGGUUUUCCAAAUGCUUUGAGCUGAUAUCAGUUGUUAAUAUUGUACACUGUUGGGUCAUCACUUGGAAGCAUUGCAUGCAAUUCAAAAUAAUAUAAUGAGGCCAUAUUACAUGUACCUGUGUACAUAUUUUAUUUUAAGUAGUAAAAAUGAUUGUUUCCCUUCAGUGGAAAAUUCUUAUUUUUCAAAGAAACAAAGCAUCCAGACUGCUAUUGAAUGGCUAUGUAAAGAUUUUUUUUUUAUUUUUUUUUUUUAAAUUUAUGUCUGUAUUUAUGUAUAAUCCUUCUUGUCUUUUUCCGGUGGAUGUUUAUUUGAUUUUAGAUAUUGCAAUAGCAUGGAGCCCUCAUUUUAAAUCCAACUUUGUGCCAUUGUUUUCUGUGUAGUGAAUAGUUUACAUGCAAGAACAUGAUUUCACUUACAAAAUGCUUGUCUUGGUUACACUGCAACCUAUACCUUACAAGUAAAGUACAUUUAAACAUUUUGAAAUUCCUGUCUGCUGCCUAUUAGCGCAUCAUCCAUGUCUUGGAAGCUGUGCAAAAUGCCCAAAUAUGUAUUUUUGUUUUUCCAAUCCUGUUAGUAGUCUAAGUGAGAGGUAGUCUAUUUCGCUGCAACCUUCAGAUAUGUUGUGUGAUUGUCUGCUUUUUAAAGCACAUGUCCCAGGAGAAGAUGGCUAUUUAGAUAUUUUGGCUACUUUAUUUUCAACAGACCUAUCUUCUCUAAUGCUUACCGAGUUUGCAGAGAAGCUUUCCAUCUCAAUCGAAUUAUAUUAAAAUAUAAAAUUACUCACCCAUAGCCAGAUGGAGCAAAACCUUGUUAAAAGAAAACAUGACAAAAGUGGAUUACUUUAAAAAAAAAAAAAAAAAAGCUAUUCUGGGCAGUGGAAAUUGAGUCCUGGUGAACAGAACUUGAUGAAGGUGUUAAGAAUGUGAUGUAGCCUCUUGGUGUCAGAAGUAGAUCACAGAGGCUGUUGGACUGUUGCCUCAAUUGACGUGGAUCUGUGCAACCAGUACCAAUUGGCGCAGCUCCGUGCAACUUGCAAUGAUUAGUGAAGUCACAGCAAGGCCUCUAACAGUGUAAGCCACAAAGGAGGCUUAUUAAAGCACUAGUCCCUGUGUCUGCGUAAUGCCCAUUGAAUUGCAACACAUAGGUCAAAUGCUGGUUAAUUUGAGUUGUUUCCCCCAGCCCCCUACAAUUAUUCAUGUGUAAAGAAGUAGCCCUACUCCAGCCUCUAAUUAAACCAAUAUUUUUACAUUGGCAAUCCAUUUUAAUCUAGUGGCUAAAAACUGCAACAGGUGUCGAUGUUUAUAGAAAUUUGUGAAAGAGUAACAACAUAUUAGCUGCACUAUUUCAAGGGGCAUCAAGAUCAUUCACAGCAUUAUUUGCAUCUUCUCUUUCCUACAGAGCUCAUUAGUAAUCAGAGUGCGGAAGGAUUGCUGGAAGACUGUGAUCUCUUUGGGCCAGCAAGAGAUGAUGUAUUAGCCAUGGCUGUAAAAAUGGCAAAUGUGCUGGAGGAGCCAGGACAAGAUUUGGAGGCAGACUUCCCAAAAAGUAAGAUUGUUGUCAUACUUGGUGAUGUUUGUGCAUUCUGCCAUCAAUAAUUCUCCCGUAAUACACCCACUUCUUUUUUUAAUUUAAAUAUUAUUUUUUUGUUUUAUAAAAUAUAUAUUUAUAUAAAACAUAUGCUUGCAUGUAGAUUCUUUGGACAUUAAUCAGAGUGUGGAUUUCCUCUUUGACUGUGGUUUGGUGGGAUCAGAUGAUGCAUCUGAACAGGAGGCCUCCCGUGUCUUGCGAAAAGUGAGUGAAAAUACUUGAAGCAAAAGGAAUAUGCAACACUAGGGUCAUCAUUGGUUGCCCCAAAGUGACUUUUUUUUCUUUUCAUCUUGCUCUUUCUCAGGGCCCCAAACGAGCACUCCUUUCAGAAAGAGAAAGCUGCUCCAGAGACUCUCUAAGCAGUCAACGGAGCAGCACUGCCCUCAGCUUCACAUAUGGUGUGAAUGCCUGGAAAUCCUGGGUGCAAAGAAAGUAUGAAGGGGGCGAGCCCAAGAAAGGAGAAGAGAUACGAUUUGGACGUAAGUAUAAGGAAUUUGAUGUUGGCUACAGGUUGUGGAGCACAUUUUUUUUUUUUUUUUUUCCUCCUCAUUUGAUUAAAUCUAUGAAGGCGUUUAUCUCAAGUCUGAUGUGGUUAUAAUUUAUUUUAUGUUCCACAGUAAACCUUAAUUUGCUAUAGGUUCUUGUGUAUCACAAAAUUGGUUUCAUAUUUCCCCCCCCUCCCCCCGCCUUGGCUUUAUUUGGACAGCCCUGGUCAAGUGUUUUUUUUUGUCAUCUCCCCAGCGAAGCCCAUGCGGAUAAAAGAGGACAUCUUGGCUUGCACAGCUGCAGAGUUAAACUAUGGCUUAGCACAGUUUGUGAAAGAAAUAAAGCGACCAAACGGAGAGCGAUAUGAACCAGAUAGUAUAUACUACCUGUGCUUAGGCAUUCAGCAGGUAAGUGUAUUUUGUUCUGAUUGCAUUCUACACUCUGAACUCCUGAUUUUGGCAAGGCUUCUUCCUCUAAACCUCUUGUUUUAUGAUUUGAUGCAGUAUCUUCUAGACAAUAAUCGCAUGGUAAACAUCUUUACGGACCUGUAUUACCUGACAUUUGUGCAAGAACUGAAUAAGAUAUUGACGUCCUGGCAUCGAAACCUGACUCCAAAUAGUAAGCGGAUAAUAUAUCAAUAACGUAUGGAACAUUAUUUUUGGUACAUAUAAACCCUGAGUUGUCAGGAUGGUUUGGAGUGCUGUGUGUCAUUAUUUUUUUUGUUUUGUUUUGUUUUUUUGAGUGAAGGGAGGCAGUAUUUACAAAGGUUUUUCAUUAUUUGUAUUAUGUUUUAGGGCUGAUAUACUCACGUGUAGAAGAAGAACAUCUAUGGGACUGUAAACAGCUGGGAGUAUACUCUCCUUUUGUUCUCUUGAAGACACUUAUGUUCUUCAACACAAAGUACUUUGGGUUACGCACAGCAGAAGAGCAUAUGCAGUUGUCAUUCACUAAUGUGGUACGACAGUCCCGCAAAUGCACCACCAAUAGGGGAACCAUGAAAGUAGUCAGCAUUCGAUACUAUCCUCCAGCUCGUCAGAAGAAAGGUAGAGGUAUGUACCACUACAUUGACAUCUGUCCCUCUUUUUGAUCUAAUUUUUUUUUUUUUUUUUUGCUCCAAUUUGUCUUUUUAUAAAUGUUUGCGCUAUGAGACACAUUUUAUUGGAAAAAUAAUACAUUUUUUUGUUUCUCGACCUCCAAGAAAGCUCUACAAAACGGAAACGUGAGGAAGAAACACCACUACUGGAGCAAAAUGAGAACAAGCUGAACCCUCUACGCUGCCCGGUCAAGUUCUAUGAGUUUUAUCUAUCAAAAUGGUAUGACCAAUUCUAAAAACUUUAUCUGCUGCUUGCCAGAUUCUUUUAACCUUUUGUCAGUUGGCAACUGUGGAACAGAAUGCCAUUCUUUUCUUAACUGCUUUCUCCUAGUCCAGCAUUGUCCCUAUUAAGUGUUUGUUUUAUUUUUUCCUUCCUGAAUUUGCAACAUUGCAUAAAAUAGUUCUGUAAAGCUGAGAAAUUUGAUUCUACCUAGGAAAAGAACAUGUCCUCCAAGCAACAAGAAAUGCUGUCCAUUGUUUGAUUCCUGCUAUUCUCUACCUGUGCCAAAUUGUGCUGGACAGAUAUAGUUAACUAGUUAAAUGUGUUUAGUUUCACCUGUCACAUGGGUGCCUUCUUCACUUCUAGUUGGUCUAAAUCUGGACUAUCUUAAUCGGCUAGAGACUAGGUAUCACAGCCUUUCUUUUGGAUGUGAUACCUAGUCUGGAGCCAAUUAAGUGGUAGAUUCAUAUCUUUGUUACAUUCUCCGUUCCCAUAUGCAGUUCUGGUUGCAAUAGGGAUUUCCUCAAGUUCUCAGCAGGGCAAAUUCUGGUGGUGGCUUGAUCGAUAAGUCUAUCAACGAGCUCCCCUUUACUUAAUUUUAAAUGCAUCCACACUAACAUUGUCUGCUGAUAUGGUGCCACAAGAUCUACUAUGACUCAAUUUGUAUGUAAUUGAAUGUGAAAAUGUCUGAAGUGUCCAGAGCAAAUCCCUCUUUUUGUGCUUCUACAAACCACAAACCUGUAUAUAAGGGUCUCAUUCCGUUGGGAGCCGACAGAAAGGGACUUAUGACUUUUCUGUACCUAUGCUUUGUUAAACAUCCAGCCGGAAAUGUGGGGAUUUUUAAUUUGGAAGUAAACGUGCUAUGCAUGUCCAUUAGACAAUAUUAUAGCUUCUUGGCUGCACUGUGUGAGAGAUUUGUUUUAGGUGUCUUUGAACAGUAAUAUGUACAAAAAAAAUUGUAUUUGUAGUCUACAUUUAUAUUUUAGUUAUGCAUUUCAUGUUUCAAACAAAUGUUAAAGGGACUCUCCAGGCAGCCGUUUUUACUCACCUGGUUCCAGCGCAGGGAGCCUCGUGAAGCCUCGCCCCCUAUUUCGUAAAAAUUAUGAAAUAGGCGGGCUCGAGCAGGGAGCAGUCAGAUUCUUCCAUUUGGAAGAGUCAUUGCUCUCUUGUGCGCAUGCACGGCAUUGACUGACAGCUUAGCUCGCGGUCUUUGCCUGCCCCCUCUCCUCUGCUGACAGGCAGGAGAGAGAAGGCGCGCACACAGUGCCUUCUCUCUCCUACACACGUCAGAUGUAUUUUAAUACGUCUGAUGUUUACAGGGCCUUUUUAGGGCCAUACAUGAUAGCAAGUCCCUCUGGUGGCCGUCUGAGUGAUGGCCACUGGAGGUAUUACUAUCAAUCAAUGUAAAUACUGUAUUUUCUCUGAAAAUACAAUGUUUACAUUAGAUUGCCUGCAGGGAGCUAUAGAUAUCACCUGAACAACUACAUUAAGCUGUAGUUGUUCAGGUGACUGUAGUGUCCCUUUAAGAUAUUUUUCUUUGAUUUAAAUAGUGAAUGUGUUAAGUGCACACAGGGGACAUUGCACAACAUAAUUUUCUCUCCUAGGUGUUACAUUAUUAUUUAAAUUCUACUUAUCACAUAGAAUGUGACUGCAGAUAAGAUCUAGUCUGCCCAAUUUUCUAAAUACUUCCAUUAGUCCCUGGCCUUAUCUUAUAGUUAGGAUGCCGUAUGCAUAUCCCACGCAUGCUUAAACUCCCCCACUGUCUUAACCUCUACCACUUCAGCUGGAAGCCUAUUCCAUGCGUCCACUACCCUCUCAGUAAAGUAAUACUCCCAUAUAUUAUUUUUAAGCUUUUGCCCCUCUAAUUUAAGACUAUGUCCUGUUGUUGUGGUAGUUUUUUCUUUUUAAAUAUAGUCUCCUCUUUUUACAUAGCUCCUGGCCACGUCAUCUGCUCUCUGUGUUUUUUUUUGUUUUUGUUUUUUUUUGUUUUUUGUUUUGUUACCGGCAUGAAAUUAUAAUUUACUGGAGCUACCGCCCGAUUGCUGCCUUUGCCCAUUUCCAUGUAUGUGUAUUUGCUUUAUAUCGCUGGUUAUUGUACAUGAUAUGGAGGAUGUUGGCUGUCUGCAAAGACAAAUCUUCAGAGUUUACAAGUUUUAAUCCCACUUGUGAAUGCUAAAGUAAGAGUUUUAAUGUCUACAAACCCAGGGAGUAAUACUUUUCUCAAAAAUUCAGGAGCUAGGUAAGACUUUCAUUUGUGUAUAAUAUAUAUUAUUUUUAGUACUUUCAAUGUGUGUUGUUUUAAAUUCUUUCCUUACAUAGUUGUUCACCUUGGUUGAUAUAUACUCCUGUUUUUCUUUUCUCCCCUUUAACAGCCCCGAGAAUCUUCGCAAUCGAAGUGACUUAUUCUAUUUGCAGCCUGAACGCUCGUGUGUUGCAGAAUCUCCGCUGUGGUACUCUGUUAUAGCAAUGGACAAAAGUAUGCUUCAGAGUAUGUUAAGUCGUAUCCUGGCUGUGAGGGAGGUGUAUGAAGAGCAAUUACGAACGGCCAGUGCGAGUGAUGACACAGAUUAACUGUUGGAUGGAAAUAGUCUGUAAAUCUUCGCUUUCCACCUACAAGUGAACUUGGUUGAACACCUCAUAAUCUUACAGACGGACAGUCUGGAGCCCAGCCAAGUGUAGUAAUGUGGGCUUUUACACAAACUUGGCCUCAGUUGGUUCUCGGCACUUCCUCCACCCAUUCUCUCUCCCUACACUUUCCUGCAAGUUUUUUUGUUGUUGCAGAUGAGCUUACAAACAUGCCAUUUUCUCAUCUUCAUGGGCUUAAUGGAAACAACAGUGUUGUUUGACCCCGCUGCACUUCUGUUCUUUGAUGUGUAGGCUAUACAAAAAUGCAGCAAAGCAGACUAAGAGCAGCAGGUAAAGUGGCUUGCAAAAGAGAGAUUGCAUCUCUUGCUACCACUCUAUGCUUGUGCAUGUGACAUUAUGCACACCAUCGCUAUUCGGUAGCAACCAGAUGGUGACGAAACAGACCUGUAGCUGAAGGUAUCUAUAGGCUUUUGCUGAAGUAAGAUAACUACGAUCACUAAAGGCCUGAAUAACCCACCAAGUAGCUGAAACUGUUGGCAUAAAUGACACAUGCCCAUUUAUUGGUUCUUCCUGAUAAUGUCACAACAAAGUGGUCUGCAUUUGUAUCAAACGUGGGAAUCAGGCACUGGCCAGCAGAUGUCGCUAUAUCUACAUAUUUUCACAAUAUGUACUCUAUACAAGAACAACAAGGCUGCAGAUAAACUCGCUCUGACUGUUGCUAGGACCAGCAAUCCUUCAGUGCUGACACUUGCGAUCUCCAAGGCCACCCACCCCACCCCUAAAUAACUGACCGAGUCUGGUAAUUAGGCUUCACAAUGGGAGAUGUUUUUUCUUUUCUUUUUUUCUUAUUUUGAAUUUUUUUUUAUAUAUAUAUAUAUAUAUAUU